GCGGGAGCGGAAAACGUGCAUCCGACUGUGGGGAAAAAAGAGCGUUGUGUUUUCCUGGUUAGAAUUUGUGCUGCCACAAAACACUUUACGGAAAUAUAUAUAAUUGUCGACUAUCUUAUAGACGUCGUCACAAACUACAGUUUGCUAAUACGUUCAGUAUGACUCGAGAUUGGAAACCUGGUGAUCUGAUCUUUGCCAAGAUGAAGGGCUAUCCACACUGGCCUGCAAGAAUCGAUGAAGUUCCGGAUGGUGCUGUGAAGCCAGCCAACAUCAAGUUCCCCAUCUUCUUCUUUGGCACCCAUGAAACAGCAUUUCUUGGCCCAAAAGAUGUCUUCCCGUACCAUCAACACAAAGAGAAGUACGCCAAGCCCAACAAGAGGAAAGGCUUCAAUGAAGGAUUGUGGGAGAUAGAGAACAACCCUAAAGUUGAACUCACUGCACCAAAGCCGGUGACCACUCACUUCACUGAAAAGGAUUUAGACAACAGCCCAGAGGGAGAAGAAGCGGCCGAGGACAAGGUGACAAAAACCAAAGUUCCAGGAAGUGAGGCUGAGCAGGAGAAUGAGAAUGAGGAGGAGGAGGAGGAGAAUGAGAAUGAGGAAGAGGAGGAGGAGGAGGAGGAAGGGUCUCUGAUCUCUGAGCAGAGUCCUCAGAACCAGGAUGGCUCGACACAGAAAGAAUCCACAGAUGUUCCCAAACCGAAAAGAGGAAGGAAAAAAAAGAGUGAUGCUGAGCAGGAGACUGAACAACAGGACGCUCCUGCCAGUCCUGCUAGUCCCUCAGGUGCAGAGGGUUCUAAACGAAGAGGCAGGAAGCCCAAAAGUGAGAAGUCCCUUUUGCUCCAGCAGCAGCAGGACCAGCAGGGCUCAGGAAGUGAAAUGGAGACUGAGUCCGAGAAAAAGAGAAAGCGGUCACAGGAAGACAAGAACAAGAGUGGAGAGGAGGAGAAGAGAAAGAAGGAGGACAGCAAAGGAAAGGAGGCGGAGGGGAAGGAGCCGGAACCCAAGAAGAAGAAGAAGGACGACAGCUCCUCAGGCUCUGAUGAUGAAGAGAAAAACAAAGGCAGGAAGAAAAACCAAAACUCAGAAAUGGACAAAGACGCGCGGCGACGGAAAGCCGAUGAAUUGAGAGAGCCAAACAAAGACGAUGGGAAGAACAAUGAGGAGAGGACAGGAGCCAAGAAAAAGGAAAUGUCAACUGACUUGAAGCUCCAGAGACUGCACAGUGAAAUCAAGAUUUCACUGAAAAUCGACAACCCUGAUGUGAAGAAGUGUUUGGAGGCAUUGGAUGAGAUCAGUGCUCUUCAAGUGACGACACAACACCUUCAGAAACACAGUGAACUCAUUGCCACACUCAAAAAGAUUCGCAGAUUCAAGGCCAGCCAGGACAUCAUGGACAAGGCCACCAUGUUGUAUAACAAGUUUAAGAGCAUGUUCCUGGUGGGAGAAGGGGACUGUGUGCUCAGCCAGGUGCUCAACAAGUCUCUAGCUGAGCAGCGGCAGCACGAGGACGCCAAGAAGGGAGAGCUGAAGAGAGUGGAGCAGGCCAAGGAAAACAACUCGGACAAGAUGACAAAUGGUGAUAUCAGCCCUGAAGAGAAGAGGCUGGAAACUGAGAGAGAGAAGCUUCUGGAAGACACUUCGGUGGGAGAAAAUCACAGUGGCCCAAAAGAUCAGGAAGAGUCCACUUGAUUGUCCGACCUGCCUGAAGAAAAAGACAUUUGCUGCUUUUCCCGCACAACCUCUUUCCGAUAGACUGGGGUCUCUGUCCAGUUCCUUUGGAUGACUGAAAUAAUCACUGGUUCCCAGUUUACUCACUGUUAGUAGGUGAUGCUGCUUGAAGGUUUCAGUACAUUUAAUCCCAAGAUAGACUGACAUCAUGUUUUAUUUUUUUACUUUGUGUAAUCCUUACCUUUCAGACACAUUCAUUAGUCUUAAAUUAUAACUGUGUAAAGAGUAAGAACUUGUAGACUGGCAGCACCUUAAAAUUACAGCAUGCUCAUCAACAAGAUAAAUAAUUGUUGUUCCUAUUUUUCAUUUGGAGUAGAUUUUUGAUUGCACUCAUUCAUUUCAUAUGCAUUGAAAUAGUUUUUGACAUUUGCAGAAUUCACAUUUCAGAGGAUUUGUGUACUUAAGAUCACAUUACCUUUAAAUUCACAAAUUGAAACAAUCCAAAGUUAACUUUGCCAAGUUUUCUCAAAACAUGUUAAAGUGUCUGUUUUUAAGAUUUGUUUUUAACGUAGAUGUAAAUAAGAGUAUUUUUGUGUCUGUCUGAUAACCUGUUUCAGCAUCCAAUAAUAAAGUAGUACAUACAUAGUA